GCAGUUGGAGCAGUUGGAGCAGCGGCAGCGGGAACAUGCGCCUUCUCGCCUGUCGCCGGACGCACAGAGGCGACGAAGACGACCUGAGUCUGGAGUCUUGAAGAAGAAGAAAGAAAAAGAAGAAGACUGUUUUUUUUCAUCCGUUUCUUUCCACCGGCUUCUCCCUCCCGCUUUUGCUUCUUUGCUUCUUUGCUCUUUUCAGUUAUCUUUCAUUUUCUACAUUUUUUUUAUUUUGAUUUCUGUGUCCCCUCUCGAGGAUGAUGCGCCGGUCAGAGGCAUCGGAGCUGCUGAGACAUACACCUCUCUCUUCUGCAAAGAUUUAGUUUAGCCACUUUCUUUUUUGUUUCGGGCAUCCGCUCUGACUCAGCAUCACACACACACACACACACACACACACACACACCUGGGCUCCAUCACCCCCCAGCAUCCUUUUUGAAUAACAGGGAGCAGAAGCAGCCAAGACGCGGAGCAGAGGAGAGUAGUGAGCAGCACCAGCUCCCUCUCUCUCCAUCUCUCUCUCUCUCUCUCCAUCUCUCUCUCUCCAUCUCUCUCUCUCUAUCUCUCUCUCUCUCUCCAUCUCUCUCCCUCUCUCUCUCUCUCUCCCUCCCUCUCUCUCUCUCUCUCUCCCUCUCUCUGCCCAAAGACAAGACAGUCACUGAGGCGCGUUGAUGUUCCAGGCGCAAAGAGGAGAAGAAGAAAAAAGUGGGAAGGAGAAAUCAAAAGUGUGAAGACAUUUGCUCCAGGAAGACGGUGGCAAAUGUUCAACCUCACCUCCAGCGCACAGAAGAGAGACCCAGGGAGGCACCGGUGGUCGGAGGAGGAGGAAGAGAAGAGCAUAGCUUGCGGGGGGGAUUGAACGGAGCAGGGCAUGUGGAUAUUGGCUUUUAUCUUCUCUCAGAGCAUCUUGAAUGUUUUCAGUGAGGACCUACAUUCCAGCCUAUACUUUGUCAAUGCAUCUCUGCAAGAGGUAGUAUUUGCCAGCACCACAGGGACCUCGGUGCCCUGUCCGGCCGGGGGCGCGCCGCCUGCCUCGCUGCGCUGGUACCUGGCGACCGGCGAGGAGAUCUACGAUGUGCCGGGCAUCCGCCACGUCCACCCCAACGGAACCCUGCAGAUCUUCAACUUCCUGCCGUCGAGCUUCAGCAAGCUGAUCCACGACAACACGUACUACUGCACUGCCGAGAACCCCACGGGCAAGAUCCGGAGCCAGGAUGUCCACAUCAAAGCGGUGUCACGGGAACCCUACACGGUCCGAGUGGCCGACCAGAAGGCUAUGCGAGGCAGCGUAGCCGUCUUCAAGUGCAUUAUCCCGGCUUCCGUCGAGGCCUACGUCACGGUCGUAUCAUGGGAGAAGGACACCGUCUCCCUCAGCUCAGGACAAAGAUAUCUCAUCACAUCCACGGGAGCCUUGUACAUCCUGGACGUCCUGCCUGAGGAUGGGCUGAACAACUACCGCUGCACCACACGCCACCGCUACACCGGCGAGACUCGCCAGAGCAACAGCGCACGUCUCAUCGUGUCAGACCCCACCAAUGCUGAGCCAGGCAUCUUGGACGGCUUUGACCACCGAGAGGUGAUGAUCAAUCAUCGGGUGGAGCUGCCCUGCAAGGCCUCGGGCUACCCGACGCCCAAGUACCGCUGGCUGAAGGACAACAGCCCGCUGGAGCCCGACAGCCGCUUCCGCCAGACCAUCACCGGGCUGCUGAUGGAGAGCACGCAGCCCGCCGACUCCGGCACGUACGUGUGCGAGGUGUGGAACAGCUACGGCAACGCGGAAGUCAUGGGGCGCCUGUACGUCAAACAACCCCUGAAGGCCGUGGUCAGCCCCCGGAAGGUGAAAGGCAGCGUGGGUAGCAAGGUGUCCCUGUCCUGUAGCGUGAGCGGCUCCGACGAGUACGAGCUGUCGUGGUACCGCAACGGGGAGAUCAUCUACCCGGGCAACAACGUCCGGUUCACCGGCCUCAAUCGGGAGAACCUCAUCAUGGAGGGGAUGUCGAAGAGCGACGGCGGAGCCUACCAGUGCUUCGCCAGGAAGGGCAAGAUGUCGGCGCAGGACUUUGUGCAAGUCAUCCUCGAAGACGGAACUCCGAAGAUCCUGUCCUCCUUCAGCGAGAAGGUGGUGAACCCCAACGAGCCCGUCUUCCUGGUCUGCAACGUGAAGGGCACGCCGCCCCCCCGCUGCACCUGGUCGCUGGACGACGACCCCGUCAUCAAGGACAGCCACCACCACCUGGGCCACUACGAGACGCACGAGGGCCACGUGGUCAGCCAGCUGAACGUGACGCACACCCAGGUGCAGGACGGCGGGGUGUACCGGUGCACGUGCAGCAACUCGGCGGGGCUCGUGUACCACCAGGCUCGAAUAAACGUAAGAGGCCGCGCCAACAUCCGUCCGAUGAAAAACAUCACGGCGAUCGCCGGCCGGGACGCCUUCGUCCACUGCCGCGUGAUCGGCUACCCUUACUACUCCAUCAAGUGGUACAAGAACUCGGCGCUGCUGCCGUUCAACCACCGGCAGCGGGCGUUCGAGAACAACGGCACGCUGAAGCUGAGCAACGUGCAGCAGGUGGACGCCGGCGAGUACAACUGCAAGGUGAUGGUGCAGCCCAACAAGAUGGACUCUCAGAGUGUGCACGUCUGCGUCAGAGUCCCUCCCUACAUCCAGCCGUUCGAGUUCCAGCGCUUCACCAUCGGCCAGCGCGUCUUCAUCCCCUGCGUGGUGAUGUCGGGCGACCGGCCGCUGGACAUCACGUGGCAGAAGGACGGGCGGCCCAUCCCCAUCAGCCUGGGCGUGACGGUGGACAACAUCGACUUCACCAGCUCGCUGCGCAUCUCCAACCUGACGCCCGACCACAACGGCAACUACACCUGCAUCGCCCGCAACGAGGCCGCCGCCGUGGAGCACCAGAGUCAGCUGGUCGUCAGAGUUCCUCCUCAGUUUGUGGUGCAGCCCGAGGAUCAAGACGGCAUCUACGGGAAAACGGUGACUCUCAACUGCUCCGCUGAAGGAUACCCACCGCCCACCACCGUGUGGGAACACUCCAAAGGUGCCGGCGUGCCACAGUUCCAGCCCAUCCUGCUGAACAGCGGCUCCCGUGUGCAGCUGCUGAUCAACGGCUCGCUGCUGAUCAAACACGUGCUGGAGGACGACAGCGGCUUCUACCUGUGCAAGGUCAGCAACGACGUGGGAGCGGACGUCAGCAAGUCCAUGUACCUCACCGUCAAAAUCCCCGCCAUGAUCACCUCGUACCCCAACACCACCCUGGCCACGCAGGGCGAGGAGAAGAAGAUGAGCUGCAUCGCUCACGGAGAGAAGCCCAUCAUGGUGCGCUGGGAGAAGGAGGAGCGCAUCAUCAACCCCGAGACCAGCCGCUACGUGGUCACCGUCAAGGAGGUGGCCGACGAAGUCGUCUCCACGCUGGUGAUUAUGCCGACAGUUCGUGAGGACUCGGGGUUCUUCUCCUGUCACGCCAUCAACUCCUUCGGCGAGGACCGAGGCAUCAUACAGCUGACGGUGCAAGAACCGCCCGACCCCCCGGAGGUGGAGAUCCGGGAGGUGAGGGAUCGAACCAUCGCUCUCCGCUGGACCAUGGGUUUCGACGGCAACAGCCCCAUCACGGGAUACGACAUCGAGUGCAAGAACAAAUCAGCGUCUUGGCUUUCGGCCCAGGUGACCAAAGACGUGUCGCCGCAGCUCAACCAGGCCACGAUCAUCGACCUCCACCCGUCGUCCACCUACAACAUCCGCAUGGUCGCCAAGAACAUCAUCGGCAACAGCAACCCGAGCAACGAGCUCACCAUCACCACCGACGAAGCAGCUCCCGACGGUCCUCCACAAGAUGUCACCCUGGAGCCCACCUCCCCGCAGAGCAUCAAAGUCUCCUGGAAGCCCCCGCAGAAGCACCUGCAGAACGGCGUGAUCCGCGGCUACCAGGUGGGCUACCGGGAGUACAGCCCCGGCGGCAGCCACCAGUUCACCAUCAUCAGCCUGGACACGACGGGCGACACCACGGAGAGCAUCGUGCUGGACAACCUGAAGAAGUUCACCCAGUACAGCGUGGUGGUGCAGGCCGCCAACCGGGCCGGCACCGGGCCGUCCUCACAGCAGGUCGUCACCAAGACGCUGGAGGAUGUCCCGUCCCGGCCUCCUGAGAACGUCCUGGCUGUGGCCAAGUCUCCGGAGGUCAUCUCACUGUCCUGGAUGCCGCUGGCCAGAGAGGCUCUGAAUGGGAACCUGCAGGGCUACAGAGUCAUCUACUGGGCCAACCUGCCUGACGGAGAGCUUGGAGAGAUCAGGAACGUGACCACCAGUCAGCCAUCUCUGGAGCUGGACGGGCUGGAGAAGUACACCAACUACAGCAUCCAGGUCCUGGCCUUCACCAACGCCGGGGACGGCGUCCGCAGUGAGCAGAUCUACGUGCGCACAAAGGAGGAUGUCCCCGGUCCUCCUGCGGGCGUGAAGGCUGCGGCCUCCAGCAGCUCGGUGGUGUUUGUGUCCUGGCUGCCGCCGCUCAAACUCAACGGCAUCAUCAGGAAAUACAUCGUCUUCUGCUCUAACCUGCAUCCCAUGGUAUUAGUGAUGAGCGAGUUCGAGGCGUCUCCAGAUGCGUAUUUCUACAGGAUCCCCAACUUGGCACGGAACAGACAGUACAGCAUCUGGGUGGUGGCGGUGACCGCUGCCGGCCACGGCAACAACAGUGAGAAGAUCACAGUGGAGCCUCUGGUCAAAGCUCCAGCCAGGAUCCUGACCUUCAACGGCACGGUGACAACUCCCUGGAUGAAAGACAUUGUUUUACCAUGCAAGGCUGUCGUAGACCCUCCCCCUACCAUCAAGUGGCUGAAGGGAAACACUAAUGGGACUCCGACCCCCGUCUUGGUGGACGGUCGUCGCAGCGUCCACGGCAACGGCAGCUUCAUCAUCCGCACAGUGAAAGCCGAGGAUUCUGGCAACUACAGCUGUGUGGCCAGCAACAACUGGGGGUCGGACGAGAUCACGCUUAACCUGCAGGUCCAAGUUCCUCCCGACCAGCCACGCCUCACCGUUACCAAGACGACAGCCACAUCAAUCACGUUGUCAUGGAUACCUGGGGACAACGGAGGGAGCUCCAUCAGAGGUUACAUCCUGCAGUACUCCGAAGACAACAGCGAGCAGUGGGGCAGUUUCCCGAUCAGUCCCAGCGAGCGCUCGUACCGUCUGGAGAACCUCAAGUGCGGCACCUGGUACAAAUUCACUCUGACGGCCCAGAAUGCAGUGGGGCCAGGGCGCAUCAGUGAGAUCAUUGAAGCCAAGACCCACGGGAAAGAACCCCAGUUUGCCAAAGAACACGAACUCUUCACCAGCAUCAACUCCACCCGGGCCAGGCUCAACCUGGUCGGCUGGAACAACGGCGGCUGCCCCAUCACCUCCUUCAUCCUGGAGUACCGGGCGGUGGACUCGGCCACCUGGACCACGGCCCAGCGCACCUCGCUGACCAAGAGCUACGUCCUGUACGACCUGCAGGAAGCCACCUGGUACGAGCUGCAGAUGAAGGUCACCAACAGCGCCGGCUCGGCAGAAAAGCGGAUCACCUUCGCCACGCUCAACGCUGACGGAAGCACCAUCCCUCCCCUGCUGAAGACGGGAGAUCCCAUCUCCGACAACAUGUCCGGCAGCGGCGGGCUGAAGAUGGUGGUGACCAUCACCUCCGUCCUCGUCGUGGCCGUUCUGGUCUUCAUCAUGCUCAUGGUGCUGAAGAGGAGGCGCAGGGAGCAGCGGCUCAAGAGACUCAGAGAUGCCAAAAGUCUGGCGGAAAUGCUGAUGAGUAAGAACACGCGGACGCCGGACACGGUGAACAAGCAGCAGCAGACGCUGAGGAUGCACAUCGACAUCCCCAGAGCGCAGCUGCUCAUCGAGGAGCGGGACACCAUGGAGACAAUCGACGACAGGUCCACCGUGCUGCUGACGGACAACGACUUCGGGGAGACGAACAAGCAGAAGUCCUCCACGGUGACGCACACGGUCCACUACCAGUCCCUGUCCCAGGCCACCGGGCCGCUGGUGGACGUGUCCGACGCCAGGCCCGGAACCAGUGAGUCCCACCACCCAUAACCGUCGACGGCCAUCGUACGGUGUGUGAGACCCAGCAGCCUCUCGGCCUCUCAUCCUCUGGUGGUCGAGCUCCGCUGGAGCAGAACUGAUGAAGACGAGAGAUGUCCCUUCCGCUUCGCGACACAUCCUCACCCGAUCGUGCACUUACGUUACACGCACACACACGCUCAGAUUAGCACUACGAGGAUAUUUGAGAAGAUGAAGCAUGUAUUUGAUACAGUUCCCCUCCCCCCAUAGCUACUGUACAGUAGUGAUGUUCACUUUUUGAUAGUUGUAGUACAGGUAGACCUGCACCUGAUUAAGUUGCUACAUUUUUUUCCAUCCCGUUGCUAAUUUUACAGUUAAGUUUGAACUUUUUGAAACAACAGCACCAAAUAUAAAAUAUCAGUUAAACAAUCUGCAGAAAAAAAUCAGCAUCUUACAUUAACAUACAAGGCUUUUUCAGUCAUGGUUCAUAUCUGCCGUAUCACCGAUAAGCUCAAAUCGGGGCACUGGUGCGUUUCAUGCAGUGGUAUCAUCCAUCAAUAAUAUUCUGCUCAAGACUCCUUAUGGACUCUUUUUCGGAAUAAAUUUCACAUCUCAAAUUAGCAUUCAAAUAUUGCAUCCUACAUAUUUUUUAUUUAAAUUGCAAAUACGACUCUCUUUUCAAAUAUUAAAUCCUGAAAACCCUUCUUUGGGGAUGUAGAGGAUAACACACACACACACACACACACACACACACCUGUCCUGAUACACACUUGCAUACACAAGCACAGACAAAAGCCAAGCGCUCAUCACAUCCACACACACACACAUUUACACACAGGCAGACAGUCGUGUGAUUGGCUCAUUUAACCUGGCCAAUGGGGCGUGAACUCCAUUUGCUGACUCAGCGCCUUUUCCUCUUUUUCCCCCACUGCUGUCGGCCAAACACCUCCAUCAUUUCAUCCCUCCAUCCGCCCGCUGAUGGAAUUACUACCACAAUUACUGCACCAGCACUAUUCUUCUCUGCACCCGGAGCAUUUCUGAAGGGUCCCAAAGUUCUGAUUCGGCCCAGCGGUGCAUACAGCAGGAAUAUUAUUUAUACAGUGUGUCUCUGUGGAGGAAGUCGGAGCUUGAGAUUGAUGAUAAUAUUGCUGUAUGGUGAUGUUGGUUGUUCGCUGAAGGGUUUGUAGCACAACACGGCAGGGAAACAUACAUUCGCCUCCUCCUCGCUCUGCAGGGUCCGUUGUUCCUCAGUGUACGGACGUAUGGAAAUUUCCCCCCCAAAAAAAUCCUGAAUUGGUCCAUGUCUACAUUAUCAGAAGAUUAGAGCCCAGCUGCUGGAGGCAAAUGUGUCUUGUUGGUUUCAUUCCAUCACUAAAGAAUGAUGACAGGAAUAUUCUUUCUUCAUUGAAUUUAUGACAGAGUGAGCUGGAAAUGAAAUAUUCUCCUAGAGACAAACUCAGUUUUCAAAAUGGACAAAUGUGAAAGAAUCCAAUUACAGUGACAAUAAACAGUGACUCUCUCUCUCAGUAAAAACUCAAGUAAUCUUGUGGAUUAAAUAUGAAUUUACUGUUUGAUGUCUUUUUAUUCACAGAGUAGAAGAUCCUGGAUUUGAAUAAAUUCAGAUCCCAGAUUACAGGAAUAUUUCUACAUCUUUAAAUAUAUAACGUAUAAUGAAGUUGGAACACAACAUAAAAGAAAAUUGAGUAAUGUUCGUUUUUUAAAAUGCAUUUUUACAGUGAAUAUCCCCGAUGAAAUAAUGCAAAAAUGCACAAAACUUUAUCAAUCCAUAGCACAACAUCUGAACAUUAUCUGUGAGAAAUGUGAUGUUGAUAAAGUGAAGCAGAGCAAAGUCACCGGACAAAUAAGAAAGAAUCCAAUUCCAGAUAAACAGUGACUCUCUCAGUGAACACUGAAGUAUGAAUAAAAUACAGAUUUUACAGAGACUGAUGUGUAUUUAUUCACCCAAUAGAAGCUGUUGGACUUGAAUGAGUUCAGAUCCCAGAUUUAAAGGAAUAUUUCUAAAUGAAUCAAAACCAAAUGUUCCCGUCAUACUAACGCGAUAUAUAAUGUCGUGUCAGAGGAUUCUGCCUCGAACAAAACUAGGUUUCUGUGUUGACUGUACGUUCCCUCUUCACGAACCAACCCCCUCCGCCCUCCUCUCCCUC